AUGCCACGAGUGAUUGAAUGCACGGCUUACUGCAGCUGCGGGUACUGUUGCAAGUGGGAGUGGGGGCUGAAGCUUCCCGGAAACUUCUAUGUGGGGCUGGUGCCGGGGUGGAUGCCCCUGCGCCUGAGGCGGCGCAAGAAGGGGUGGGUCGACUCUCCCAUUCCGCUCUUCGCCAAAUACUGGACAGACACAACUCUUAAGGGAGGUCCGUACCACGGCUUCACAGCAAACGGCAGAUACCCUGCUCAGUCCCGCCCGCCCAUCCUGUCGCCCCUCUCCCUGUCUCAGUUCCAGAAGAUUCCUGGGCGGCUGCUGCUCUUCCCCUGGCGCCUGCUUCCCCGGCACGGCACCAUUGCAGCUGACACGGCGCACUACCCGUUUGGCACUCAGAUGUUCAUUCCGGGAUAUGGAUGGGGCAUUGUGGAUGACAAGGGGUCAGCUAUCCGGGGAGCCACGCGCAUAGACCUUUACCACUACUCGCACAACGAGGCCCUACACUGGGGCAGACGGCGAGUCAACGUGCUGGUGGUGCCUCCAGGAGAAAGUGUGAUGGAUCUCCUACAUGUGCCCGGGCCAUUCAAGUUUCUUCUCAAGGGUCUAAAUUGGGCAAGGAAACUUUUGGGCUCUGUGACCCUAUCCGACGUCUACGCCGCGGCGCAGCGCAGGCGGCUCGAGCUCUCCUCCGGAAUUGAGCUACUCGAACGUUGCGAGUCGGGAGCAGGCGGCCCGCUGACAGCGCCGAUGUUCUUCGCCGAGGCGCCGCGCGAUCCGAGCAGCAGCGGCGGAGGCGGCGCAAGCGCAGCGGGACCGGCGGGGGCGGUGGCGGUGGAUCCCGCGCUGAUGGACGGGCUGCGCGUGAAGCUGGCGGAACUGCAGCGCAUGUGCGCGGAUAUGGGGCAGCUUUGGCGCAACCACGCGAACAAGACGCAACGGGAGCUAUGGCGGAGGCGGGUGGAGGUGAUGGGGGAGGAGGCGGAGGCGCUACGGCUGGCGCUAGACCGGUGCGCGGCCAAGGAGCACAGGCGGCGCAGGGAGGCGCAGGAGCGCGCGGAGCUGCUGGUGGCGCGCGCGGGGGGGCAGGGGGGGCGGAUCCUGAGCGAGGCGGACGCGGAGAUUAGGGACAUGGAGACGGCUAAGCGGGCGGGGCGCGUGUUAGAGGACACGUUGGCGCAGGGGAUUGCGACUCUGUCUCACAUGGCGCAGCAAAGGGAGGUGUUGAAGUGUUUCCCUUGCUACUCUAUCCACGCCCUUCCUUCUUCUCCCUCUCCCCCUUCUUUCCCCUCCUCACAGUCGGCCCAGCGGCGAGCGCUAGACAUGCUCAACUACGUGGGGCUGUCAGACACAGCAAAAAGCCCCCUCCCAAAACCACUCUUCUCUUCAACCCCCCAUCCCCCUUUGCCCUCACAGUCGGCCCAGCGGCGAGCGCUAGACAUGCUCAACUACGUGGGGCUGUCAGACACAGUGCUAAAGAAGAUCAACCGGCAGCAGCUGGUGGACAGGGCCAUCAGCUACGGCGGCAUGCUGCUCACCCUCAUCAUCAUCUUCAUCGUCUGGCGCUGGACUCGUUGA